ACUACGUCCUUCUGAGCUCACUUCCGCCGGCUUGAGUAGGAGCACUAUACCCGUCUCUCACCGCUUUUGUUCUCCCAUUCCCAUCCAGUCGGUGCCGCUGAACGGACGGGAUAGGCUAAAGCCAGUUCGGGAAACCACAAGUAGCCCGGAAUCCACAUGCAAAGCGCCGUCUGCACAGAGGAUACGCGGCACUCCGUAGUUACAUAACUGGACUACUUUUUUUCUUCUUCUAUCACUGUUGGGCUUUUUCACGCUUUUUUUUUUUUGUUGCACCGAAACUGACUUGACUUCCCCGAUCUAGAAACUCAAAAUGGAGAACGACGAUAAAUAUCUCCCCGAGCUGCUGGCGGAGAAGGACAGCCUGGACUCGUCGUUCACGCACGCCAUGAAACUUUUAAACGCAGAAAUUGAUAGAAUCCAGAAAGGCGAGACUAAAAAGGAGGCAGACGCAUACCUGGACCUUUUCACAACAAAGAACAUCAAACUCAAGGAACGGGUGCUCAUACCUGUCAAACAGUACCCAAAGUUCAAUUUCGUGGGGAAGAUCCUGGGACCUCAGGGCAAUACAAUCAAACGUCUGCAGGAAGAGACCGGGGCCAAGAUCUCUGUGCUGGGCAAAGGAUCCAUGAGAGACAAAUCCAAGGAGGAGGGGCUGAGGAAAGGCGGCGAACCCAAGUACGCCCACCUGUCUAUGGAGCUGCACGUCUUCAUCGAGGUGUUUGCCCCCGUGCCAGAGGCCUACCUGCGCAUGGCGCACGCCAUGGAGGAGGUCAAGAAGUUCCUGUUCCCUCCGGUCAUGGAUGAUAUCCCCCUGGAGGAGUUCAUGGAGAUGGGCUACCUGAAUGGAGCCAGGAGGCCACAGGCCGGGGCACCUCCGGUCAGGGGUCGGGGAAUGCCUCCUCGCGGCGCUCCUGCCAGGGGAGGCGUGGCUCGAGGCGGCCCAGCCAGAGGUGGCGCAGUGAGGGGCGUCCCAGCGGGCCGAGGAGGACCCCCGGCGGCACCCGCCAGGGGAGCCUCGGCGCCCCGCACCAGGCCCCCGGCUGCCGGGCCCCCCCAGAGGAUGGCGCAUCCACCCCCCCACCAGCACACCCCCGCUGCAGCCGAUGAGAGCUACGAGGAAUAUGGCUACGACGAGAGCUACACAGACACGGCCUACGAGCCCUACGACAGCUAUUACAGUCAGCCGCAGGCAGAGCCAGAAUACUACGACUACGGACACGGAGAGACCACAGAGUCGUACGAGUCAUACGGCCAGGAUGACUGGAAUGGGACCCAGCGAACAGCUUCAGGGAAGGCCCCUCCCCCCUCCAGAGGUGCCAAGACGCCUUACCGGGAGCACCCAUACCGACAGUACUGAAGCGGACUCGCCACCCUUAACGCGUCGCCCCGACUACCGCCUGUCGCCUGUCUACCACGGCAGCUCUCGCUUUAAGCAGCCCGACAAAAGUAAUUGUCUGUUUUGUCUUUGGUUUGGUCUUUUCCUACACUGGACUUUAUACGAGAGAGAAAAUUGGGAACUGAAAAUCGGAACUGGUUUUUGAGAUUUGACCGCGAACUCCCCUCCCCCACCCCUACUUUGUCACACCAACCAACCAACCAGCCACCAACCCCUCCAACCGACCAACCAACCAACCGACCGACCAACCAAAGCGGCUUUUAGAUGGGUUAGAGAGGAGACGUUGGUGUCCUUUUUUUGUUCUUUUUCAUUUGAAUUUUAAUUUAUUUUGCUGUAUAUUUUUCUCUGACCCUUUUUAACUCCCCUCUGGCUUUUUUUGCAUUGUUGAUCUUUCAUAUAUAUAUAUAUAUUUUUUUCCAACUGUUUGGGAGUAGUCAUUUCUAGUGAAAUUAGGGGUUCAUUAUCCACUUGUCUAAGGAGUCCAUUUUAAUUGUUUUUAAAUACAAAGAAUCUGUCGAGGGUCAGUUGCAGAUUCCCAUUUAGGCUACAUUUCAAAAUUCUGUAAAUAUAGCCAAAUAAAAGACCUUUUUAAAAUUUCAAUUAUGUAAUAUAGACCCCAAAAAAACAAACGAUCCUAAAUUAAGUGAAGGUUAAAGAAUCAAUGUUAAUGGAAUCGGUACAAUUCAUUCUUGAUGAUGGUUUGUUUUUAAAUAGUUCUAAAACGUGGUCCAUUUAGACUUAGGCAAGCAAUAUUUGUCAUUGUACUUAGAGUUUUGAAAUAUAGCCCUAAUAGACACUGUUGAGAUGGACUGUCCUCAUAUCCUCAAUUUGUCACACAUGUUUAAAAAUUAAUUUUAAGACUCUGAAGACAAAAAAAAAAAAAAAAAAAAAAACAUUAACAGUCCAGGUCUUCAUUUUGUGAUCUGAUUGUCUAUAAACUGCAUGCCCAAACUACACAAAGAAGGAUUGGGACACAAAUCUCCACAUGGGUCUUCUCUUUCUACAGAGAAGGGAUCCUGCAGCUCAAUCCGAACUCUUGUACAUAUUUUAAAACAUCCUAACUGUACUUAUUCUGCCACUAGUAUCUGUACCCUCUCCAUUAAAAAAAAUUGCAUUAUGCUACAUGUGUAAGCUUGCCUAAAUAGGUAACUAAAUCUGUCCAAAAGAUGUUUUGCAGCAGUUUGUCAAUAAAGCUUAGUUUGUUUUUUUUAUGAAACUUAA